CAGUGCGCCACCGUGCUGCAUGUUUUACUGUGUACGUUUGUAGUCGUGCAGGAGUAUGGACGGUUUAUUGAAAGUUGAUCUAAUACAACAGUAGUGAUUUACUGUGCCUGAUUUUGGACCUCAAGAAGAGAAGAGAAGAGACGGCACGACUGAAACAUUACAUUUCGUCCUUUCCAUUCUGAGAUGGACUGGCUUGAGUAUAUCAGAAAGAACUGAUCUCCUGGGAGUUUCACAACAGUAUCACAGUGGUUCAGAAAACAAAAAACAUGAGGGUGUGCAGUCUGAAACACCAUGCUGAUUAGAGAGAUCAGAGGAGAAUGGCCAGACUGGUUUGCGCUGGUUAUAGAGUUCCACCACGGCCCUUACCUGUGUGCUCCACUGCUUCCCCUGUGAUCCAUUCUGGGCUGAUUGGCCUUUCCCACUGUGCUCCCGUGCUGUCUCUCCUGCCACUACUGCCAUGACACGCUCUAAGACUUUUCAGGCCUACUUACCCAACUGUCAUCGUACAUACAGCUGUAUCCACUGCAGAGCUCAUUUGGCCAACCAUGACGAGCUCAUCUCCAAGUCAUUUCAAGGUAGUCAAGGCAGAGCCUAUCUGUUCAACUCUGUGGUAAAUAUUGGUUGUGGGCCAGCAGAGGAGAGGGUUCUGCUGACAGGUCUCCAUGCUGUGGCUGACAUCUACUGUGAAAAUUGCAAAACCACACUAGGAUGGAAAUAUGAACAUGCCUUUGAGAGCAGUCAGAAGUACAAGGAGGGGAAGUUUAUCAUUGAGCUUGCCCACAUGAUCAAGGACAAUGGGUGGGACUAAUGACCUUAAAAAUGCAUAGCUUUUUUCCUGGAUACUCACUCACCUGACCUAUAUCUUCAAGAUAUAUAUAUCAGGGCUGUGCCUCUCCUAUGUGCAGAUGUGUGCACGUGUUUGUUAGCAUCACACUGAGAAUUUGCACUCUGAGUUUUCGCUCAGUUCAAUACAGCAAAGUAAGGAAGUACAUCCUUAUAGAACAUCCAUGCUUGUAUACAGACAGUGAAACCAGGUAGCUGGAUUGAAUAGGUUUCACAAAGCGCAUUUUAGUUCCACUUGCACUGUUCCCCAAUGGCUGGACCCAUGGAGAAAAUUUAUUUUUUUGUGCAGCACCUUACACUAGUGCCUGCUGGUCAUUUUACUUGAGACACUAAAAUACUUACACAGCUGUCAAACAAAAGAACAAGUUUCUUUCUUGGUCCCUUUGAUGGGUUGCACGAUUUAUUUAAACAUGUAUUUAUUGAUCUUGAUUUUCUUUAUUUGUUUCAGGGGCAAUAAACCCUGUGUUGAACCUGUAGCAGACCUGAUUUUUUUCAGUAGUAGCAUCUUUAUAUGUAUUAUCUCUUCAUAAUGCUGUUCUUUUUUUCAUAUGUCUAGUGAUUGUUAUGUAUGUGGGUCAGUUAUACAAGUGUUCACUCUCCUCUCAGUAUUGUGGAUCUUUGGUUGAUAUUUAUUAUUGGGGGUGUGCUCUUACUCUCAGUUUCUCACUGUCAUCAUCAUCAGCAACAUCAUCAUCAUAUAAUGUGAUUUUAGCACAGGUCUACAGCUUAAAUCAAAUUAGACCAUUAAGAUCACCAGACAUCACAGAAAUUUUAAUAAACCCUGUGUGUGUAACCAAAGACUUCUCAAUCAGCAGUACACUGACCAAACUGAUUUCUGUGUCCAGCUUCUUUUACAUUAUUAUUUACACAUUGUGGUGUGGAGAUUUCUAAAUAUGAUUGUACAUUUUGUGUCAUUUGUAGUUGCUUUGAACAUAUACAUUACACAGUUAUGUAUAAGCAAAUUUGGGGUGUAUUUAUUCUUAAUUAUUAACAGUCUUGUCAUGUCUGUGAACUAUGAUCUGCUAUGGGCAUGGUAUAAUUCCUCUUCUUUAUAGUUUAAAAGAUGUAUUUUAUGAUUUUCUUUUUUUUUUUUUCAAAAAUUUGUUGAGAUUGAAACAUUAUAUUUAAGUCUGUUAUCAGUAAAGCUGAGUUUAUGAAUGA